AUGGUGGAAGCCAAAGUGGAGAAACGAAAAGAAAAUGCAAAAGAUUCCGAUCGAAAGGGAAUUUUAAGGAGUCUUUCCUUCCAGUUCUCCAAUCUGGGCCGUAAAAUGAGCCUGAGCACAAAGGAUAAAGAGCCAAACCCGUAUGACGAUACUCCGGAAGAGGUUUAUGAUGAGGUAGCCCUUGGACCUCUCCUUGGAGUGCAAUGCUUCGGAGUGCUUGAGAAAAAGUAUAAAAAGAAAAAUCGCCCCGCCACCUGGAACAAACGGUUUUUCAUCCUAAAGGAAUGUUUCCUACUCUACUACCCAGCCAAGAACUUCAAGGAGUUUGAGCGCACGAAAAAGAUCAACCUGCACCCCAAGGGCGUUAUUCCGCUUAUUGGAUGCUCGAUUGUUAGUGGAGGAGAGUCGGGCCGACGACACUGCCUUCUGAUCGCCCAUCCACAAUUUGCUACAGCCCUCGUUCUAUCUGCGCACGACUCAAAAAUACAGGAUCAGUGGCUAAAGGCCUUGAGGAGCGCUACUAAAAUCUCAUACAAAAACACAAUCUCCGGUGAAUCGAUGAUUCGAGAAUUGGAAAGCCGCGGUUUAAUGCUGUCUGAAGAAAAGAAAGAUUAUGAAGAGCGACUCCGUGAAGAAGCGCAGGGACGUCAGGCCGAGCAUGAUCGCGUUAUGGAACUAGCAAAAGUGAAAGAUGAGCUCGAGGCCGAACGCGAAAAAUUAAUCCGGACCACGAAAAAGCUGAAGGACGACUUGCAGAGCGUAAAACAGGAGUUGAAGAUCACCAACGAGACAAAGCGCACCUUGGAGCAAGAGAAACUGUCGCUCAACUCAAAGACUGAGCACCUUGUUGCAAAUAUGGAGUCGCUAAACAUCGAAAAGGAAAAGAUUCAAGAGCAACUGAACAGCAUCCUGAGGGAACGAGAACAGUUCCUGCUCGAAAAUCAAAAUUUGGCGACAGCCACAUGCCAGCUGAAAAAUCGAUUGCUGGAUAUCGAGACCAAGACGAGUUGUAUCACCCAAGAAAAGGACAAAAUUGAACAAUUGUUGCGUCUAAACGAGCAGAAAACAGCUGAUCUGGAAAAAGAGCGGCAAUAUUAUACGUGCCAGACGAAGGAGCUGAUUUGUUCGCUAAAGGAAGUGACCGAUCAGAAAGAAUGCACCGAAUCCGAGCUGCGCGAUCAGAUGAUGGCCCGAAUUGGUGCGGAGAAGCAAUUACAGGCAGCCGAAAAAGCCCUCGAACACCUCGAAAUGGCACUCAAACUGACCGGGGCCCAGAUGACCGAAUUACAGGAACAUAUCAUGCCCGAUGUCCAUAAGUUGAGAGAAUUUUUCGAAACGUGUGCAGAAGAGGCGCGGCUGGAGGCUAACAAAACGGGAAUCAUGCGGCAAGCCAUCUAUGCCCGUAAGUCGAUGCGACGUCGCUCAACGCGAGGAGUCCGAGGAUCAUUUAAAAAACCCGGGAAAGAUGGGGACAAAUUUAAGGCCAAAGAUCCAAUGACGGACAGUGCUCUCUCGCAGUUA